AUGGACGAUGUAGAUGAACCUGAAAUGACUAACAGAACUUAAAAGCUACCCUAGACUACAGAUGAUGAUAUACAAGAAGAAGAGGCUGAUACUUAGGUUAAAAGAUAAAAAUCAAUUGAAAUAGUAGAAAAUUAUCAACUUCAGUUCGUUAAAUAGAAUAUGAAGAAGCUUAAUCUAAAUGAAAUAGGAUUGCAUAGUCAAGCUUUAGCUGCUUAGAAUGUUAAAUAGUUUGAUGUUAUUCAGGAGCAAUAAAACUAAAUUCAUGAUGCUCAUCAAAUAUUCUAAAGGAAAAAAUCUAAAAAAGUAAUAGAGGAGGAAGAGUCUGACGAGGAAAGCAAAAGUAGCGACGAAGAUGAUAUAAAUGAAAGAGACGAUGUGAAUGAUGAGGGAGAAAAAAUAGUUAAUUAUAAGCAAAGAAUUCUUGAUGGCUCAUUUCUUCCCUCAAUGCUAUUGCUACAAAAGAAGAUAAUAAAAGCUGAUGAUGUGAUAGAUCCUAACUAGGGGCUUAAAUUACUUCAUUUUGCAUGCUACUUUGGAAAGAUAAAACCAAUUAAAUCACUUGUCGAAAUUUACAAAACUGAUAUUAAUACAAUUGAUUAUAGAGGCUAGACUCCUUUACAUGUAGCUACUGUAAGUGGAGAAUUGGCCCCUGUAUUAUAUAUCUGCUCACAGUCAGAAAGCAUUAAAGAUGCCAAGGACAAUGCUUUAAUGACUCCUCUUAUGAAUACUGUUAGCAGUAAUCAUGAAGCUUCUUUUGUGUAUUUACAUUUCAAAGAGAACUGUGAUCUUAAAAAUGUUGAUUUAAAUGGUCAAACUCUGCUUCAUUUAGCUGCGAGAUAAAAUUCUAUCAAUAUAGCUAGACUUUUAAAGCAUAUAUAUCAAGAUUAAAUAAAAGAAGACAGUAAUCUUGAUAUGAAUCCAGGGGGAGAUAAAUCGCCAAUCUCUACUAGAUCAAAUCAAUCAAGUGUCUUAGAUAAUACUUUGUAUUUUGAUAUUAAUAGAACUAAUAAUCAAGGCUAAACUCCAAUUUUCCUUACAGUUCAUACAAGAAGUUAUGAUAUGCUUAAGUUUUUAAUGCAAAAUAGAUGCAAUAUCACUCUCAAGGAUUAAAGAGGAGAUUCCAUAAAAGACUAUAUUUACAGAUAUAUGCUGAAAGAAUAGCAGCUACUUGAUACCUAUUUGAAAUACGAGAAUAGACUAUUAAUUGAGUCUAUCUUUUCUAAUGAAAUUUCCAUUAAAGAGAAUAUUGAGUCUUUAAUAAAUAACUUUCGUUGUUCGCUAAUCAUGAUAUUUCAUAUGACUCUGCUAAUAUUGUUCAUAAAUAUCUUAGUUGUCUAUAAAUCUGGCUCAGGUUUUAUUGAAAAGAAAAAUCUAAAUCGAGAUAGAGAUUCGAAUCUUGUUGGGCAACUUUUAUUUUUGAUGGAGUAACAUUAAUUCCAUAAGAUUGAUGAGCUUAGCAAAAGGUAAAAGCAUUCAAGAUUUUUUGCCAGAUGCAUUGGCGAAGAUAAUUGUAGAGCUUAUUACACUUUCCUUUUACUUAAUUUAUUUCUCAUUUGCUUGUACAUGAUGAUGCUUACCAACAGCUUUAUACCAAGCUGCGAAUCAAUCAGCUUUUUACUUUAAUGUAUUGAAUCUCUUUACAGAGUUUAUGAGUACUCAAAGAUUCUGUUUUUACAUACAAUCAUAAUUUUGCAAAUUUAAGCCCAAAUGGCAGAAGAUUUCCUCUUUCUUACUGUAGCAAUAUCUCGGUAAAUGACCCUAAUGGAGCUUAAUAAUGUCUGGAAUUACAAGCAUUGCUUCUAAGUUAAAACGUAGAUGGAUGAUGACUCAGGUAAGAACUAUUUUAUGCAUAAAAGCUACUCUCUUUUCAAGCUAACGAAAAAUCUUGUUUUGUUUAUGUUUGGUAAAAAUAUAUUUGGAAACGGUAAAUCUAGAUCAGGGGCUAAGAAAAUUAAGAACGACCUUGGUUAAAGCUACGUUGACUUACACACAACCCAGAGAUCUGAUCGAUUUUGA